AUGGCCGGUAAGCAAUCGUACACCAACCUUCUCUCAGGCGCUACUUCAUACAAAACUCGCCAUUGGGAGAGGACCGGCAGCCGAGACCGACAGCAUCUGAAUAACUUGCUAAUAACCAUGCCAGACGAACCACGACGAUCGGGUCGAGCGACCAAAGGCCAGCACAAGAACCUCGAAUUGCCAGACGCCCCGUCGAAGAAAGGCAAAGGCAAGAGCCCCAAAGAAAAGUCCGGCAGCAAAGCCUCCGCCGAACCUACCCCGGGACCUAGCGAAGAUGGAGAAGAAGAAGAAAUCAUUCGAUGCAUUUGCGGCGAGUACGAAGAGGAGGAGGAUGUGGAGCGUGACAUGAUCUGCUGUGACCAAUGCUCAGCUUGGCAACACAACGACUGCAUGGGCCUUGUAUUCGCCAAGGGCGCCGAGCCGGACCAAUACUAUUGCGAACAAUGUCGACCCGAAAACCACAAAGUGCUGCUGGAGAAGAUCGCCAGGGGGGAAAGGCCUUGGGAAGAGGUUGCCGAGCGGCGACGACAGGAGGCUGAGGAUAAGAAAUCUAAGCGCAAGAAGGGCAAGAAGGGUACUCGAAAGAGCCGACCAAGCGAAAGCAAAACGGAGGCUAGCACCCCUGCUCGCACUGGAACAUCAGCAACGCCUGGCCCUACUCAUUCCCCCACCACAGCAGCAUCGGCAUCGGCAGAGCCAGAGAAGCAUGGACAUGCCGCAGAUUCGCGACGCUCUAGUACCAACAAGCGCAAAUUGGAGGAGAGUGUGGAGUCCGAGACAACUUCGGUAAGAUCUUUUUCUUCUCUUCCUAAGCGUACAAGCAGUUGGCUAACUCAUUUGAUGAAGGGACCCCAGGUGAAGCAGCCACGGAUCUCCCCGCCGUCUUCUACGGUAGCAGCUACAAAGGUCAAGGUCGAGUCGCCUGCAGUCGCUACUGUGGAAGAGCUUGUAAUGCCGGCCCGCAAGAGUGCUGCCAACGCUCUAAUCAAGUUCUUUGUAGAUCAGAUUACUGCAGCCCAGAAGAAGGAUUCUUUUUCCUUGCCCGAUGGGCAGUCGGCAGAAGAUACUGCGCGGCAACUCGGUCUCUCCGUCGAAGGUGCAAUGUAUCAGAACAUCUGCGACGGGGUAGGGGAGCCUACUGAACCAUAUAAAUCGCAAUUACGAGCGAUUCUGUUCAACGUAAAGAAGAACCAUUCUCUACGCGAUCGCUUACUUGUAGGUAGUGUCUCAUCUGAUACGCUCUCUAUGAUGAAGUCCGAAGAGAUGGCCAGCGAGGAGUUGCAGCGAAAAGAUGCAGAGAUUAAGCGGGAAGCAGAGCGACAACAUAUCAUUAUUCAGGAGCAAGGUCCGCGCAUCCGUCGGACACAUAAAGGAGAGGAACUUAUUGAGGAUGAAACCCACACUGUGGCAGCAGAAUCUGUCUUCUCUGCCAUUCCGCGCCGAGCAACCGAUGCCGAUGGCAGCCCUGGAAACCAGAGCCCAGUCACUCCGAAGGUAUCUCAAUCGAAAGGCGACGGACAAUCUCGAGGUCACUCCCCGGACGGUGGGCACGGUGACCAUGUCUUCCCAGAGGUUGCCCCCAAUAUCCGUGAGCCAGUGCCUCGUGGUACAAUCCAGGCGGAUGCUGAGAUUGAUCGAAUGCUACAAGAGGAUGAAACAGAGUCUCCGCCAUAUUCACCGCAAGAUUUCUCCGACGAGGGCGUUGUCUGGCGCGGUAAAGUUACUAUGAAGCCUGUGGCUGAAUUCAUGUCCACCGCGAAACACGCUUGCGGUGCAGAGCUAAGCGGUCGGAUUCCCUGGAGUCAGUUGGCACCUCACGAGUUGCUAGUGGAUGGCCGAAUUGACAUUGCACGAGCAAACAAUUACCUUUGUGGUUUGCGGUGGAGUUCCUCAACGGACGUGUCUGUCAUCGCAAUCAGUAGCCCUAGUGGGGAGCAAGAUCGUGAAGGCUUCAAUAAACUCUUCGACUACUUUUACAACCGUCAACGCUACGGCGUGAUUGGCAAGCACCCCCUCCCGGCCGUUAAGGACACUUAUGUCGUUCCUCUCGAGAAGGACACAACCAAACUGCCCGACUUCAUCAACCUGCUUGAAAACACGAAUCUCGGCGACGGUAUCAUUGAAGAACGUCUCCUUCUCAUUGUCUUCGUCGUCAAGACCGCCCCCUCUCACCAGCCCAGCAUGGAGCCCCCAGCCUCUGCAAGCCCUCUCACAGCAGCAGGCAACACACCUCAAACUGCCUUCACUCCAGCUCCCCGGCAGUUCCCUGUCUUCACCCCUUCUUCCACCAACCCCACUCCCAACCAAAUCCCUCCCGACCAGAUGCCGCCACAGCACCCUCUCCCGCCUUAUCAACCAUCUCUUAUCGGCAUGCCCGCAGCCUUGCAGGUGCUUGGUGCACAAGCAGUGAGUUCGCCCGCCAUCCAGAAACUUCUCCAGACCGCGCCCAACGUGGACACGGCCCAGUUGAACGUCGUGCGCGACAUUCUCAUCCGCCAACCCGCGGCUGCCGCGAACUAUGAAACGCUGAUGCAGGCGCUCUUCGACACUCAGGCAAACGGCCACGCCUGA